GGUUAGACUUGACAGCCAUUUUGGAUUCAGGACGACUAGCCGUUAGGUUUUUUGGGGGAGCAGUUAGCCACUUUUUAAAAUUUGACAUAGAUUGAAGAUAGCCAUUUCAAGUUCUUCAUAGGAAAGGGGAGCGCCGCUUUACAAGAAGAGUGGGCUUACUGUGACAUGUCAACGAUGAAUCCGGAAUAUGAUUAUUUAUUCAAGCUGCUUCUGAUUGGUGACUCCGGCGUUGGGAAGUCCUGUCUCCUCCUCCGAUUCGCUGACGACACGUACACAGAAAGCUACAUUAGUACUAUUGGAGUGGACUUCAAAAUCAGGACUAUAGAAUUAGACGGAAAGACGAUUAAGCUCCAGAUCUGGGAUACGGCGGGGCAGGAGCGGUUUCGCACCAUCACGUCCAGUUACUACAGGGGCGCGCACGGCAUUAUCGUAGUUUAUGACGUCACGGACCAGGAGUCUUUCAAUAACGUCAAGCAGUGGCUGCAGGAGAUAGACCGAUAUGCCAGCGAGAACGUUAACAAGCUAUUGGUAGGAAACAAGUGUGACCUGACAACAAAGAAGGUGGUGGAUUACACAACAGCAAAGGAAUUUGCCGACUCUCUAGGCAUCCCCUUCUUGGAAACGAGCGCCAAAAACGCCACCAACGUAGAGCAGGCCUUCAUGACCAUGGCUGCGGAGAUCAAGAAGAGGAUGGGCCCCGGGGCCACGAGCGGGGGCUCGGAGAAGUCCAACGUCAAGAUCCAGAGCACUCCGGUGAAGCCCUCCUCCGGGGGGUGCUGCUGAGGCCUUUCCCCCGCCCCGCCCCACCCUGCCCCCGCCCUCCCCCCACCUCCUCAGAGUCUCCCAUUAACAUGCUCCACAUUUAGAGAGAGAGAGAGAGAUGGAAACAGAGAGAGAGAGAGAGAGAUAAAUAUUAAAGAGUUGCCUCAAUCGUACUGUAAGUAGCCGCACUACCGGAAAUUCUCCAGAAAAACACACACACGCGCGCACACACACACACACAAAACGACGGUCAGCAAUUUGAGAAGAGAGCCUCUGCCCUCCACCCCUCCCCUUUUCCCUUCUCCCCCCCCCCAAUCUCUCCCCUUCACCCCCAUCUUGGCCUGCUUUAACCAACUUCUCCACACCUCCCUUACAGCCCCCCAACACACACACACACACACACGCAGUCUCCACAGUCUCCACAAACUUCAUUUGCACCCUCCGGCACCCCUCUCUCUGCAGGUUAAUAAGUACGGAAAAGAAUAAUGUGUGUGAAUCUCUCAGCAUUCCUGCUGCAGGUCUGGUCUGUGGUCGGUUUCAUAACUUCUUCUGUUUCUCCUCAGUUUUUCUUAUUUUCGUUUUGUUUCUCUGUUUUUUUUUUUUUUUUGUUUUUCUGUUUUUUUUUCUUUUUGUUUUUUUUGGUCGAUUUAUUUGCUGUUUAUAUCUUUCAUUUCUGUCUUCUGAAGAUGAAGUUUCGUCAAUGUCGGUCUUGUCAGCCAACAGCACAACACUGUUUCACUGUCCAGCGUCAAGAAAAAGUCAAGUGAAAUAUGUAUGUUAUAUAUAUAAAUAUAUAUGUAAGAUCUGAUUUGCUAGUCCUUUAGGAGAGGUUAGUGGAAUAAAUUACAUUAUUUGAUGAGUAGUCUAACUUCAUAAUCUGCAUUUAAUUUGUGGCUCAAGGCUAUUGUAAUUUUCUUGCACAAUAUCUUACAUUAAAAAAAAAAUGGAAGAAAUGUUUAAUAAAAACAUUGUACUUACUGGAAUUCCUGCUAGACUGUAUGAUAUAAAAAAUGGUCUCCAAUUCUUAGUGGUGUAAUGUAGAAUACAUUUUUGUGUUUUAAUUAUUUAUUCUACAUUUAUUUGGCAGGUAUAUUGUACUGAUGAUUACAAUGCUGUUUGCAGUUUUGGCCAUCUCCUGUGGAAUUCCCUUCCCGAUUACAGAACCCCUUAUUUCAAACACUAUGUUCUUUUUUCAUAAUAAAGGCAACUGAAUUCAGUUUUAAAUGA